CUUUGUUUUUGCUCUUGUAAGUUUUGGCUCAUAAACUGUAACAUUCUCGUCAUUCUCUUCAGGAUGUUCAGCCUGUCUCACCAAAGCUAAUACAUGUUCGUUAGUAACCACAUGCUUUAAAAUGUGUUUAACAGUAUUUGCACUUAAUUUGGUCUUGGCAGCUUUUUCUCCCAAGCUCUCUUCUAUAUUAUCCUCAACUUCGUUAAUUAUUUGUUUAUCCACUUCAUUGGGCACAAACUUUUUUCGUUUUGUUGGGCUUUCUAUCACUAUUUUUAACGCGUCGUCCGAAUUAUCUUCGUCAGACUCUUGCAUUAUUUCGAGGGAAUCCAUGUUCAGUUCAAAAAGAAUCGCGUAGUGUCAACAAAAAACAAUAACAUUUUAAAUUAAGGUUAUGUUUACUCACACACAGUGUUGCCAACCAGUGUUGACAACGUUUUUUUCAAAAUUAAACCCACAUACACGUACUUCCACGUAUGUAAUUAAACCCAAACUCCUUAGAAUUACCUCAACAAAAAUUAAGCUUGAUUUAUAACAUUGAAAAUGUCUUUUGCUAGAAACCAUAGAAAUAAUACUAUUAUUUGUAUUUUUAUAGUAUUAUUUCUAUGGUUGCGCAGGGCAGCCAACUAUAAGCCAUCUUGUCAAAUCUUAUUUAUUUGUUGCUUAUACGAAAUCAAUACAAGUAAAUACACGUUUUAUUUGUUGUUUGAGAGUUUUCUAUUGUUUUAUACAGCUUGCCUAAGUACCUAUUUUCUGAAGUUGAUUAUGUGAAGAAGUAGUUUCCAUAGACAAUGGAACAAAUAGUUGUUAAAAAAGAACCUGAAGAACUGGUCGUUAAAAAAGAAUCUGAAGAACUAGUCAAAAAUUCCAAAGGUGAUAUUUCGAUGAAUUAUGAUAAACCUAGUCCCUCUGCUGACCAAGAAAUGCCUUCAGCCUCUGGAACAGCAAUAAAACAAGAAAUUAAAGUUGAACUGGAUGAUAGUGGAAACUCCAUUGUAUACAACGAAUUGUGGGUAAAAGAAGAUUUUGAUGAAAUCAAGCAAGUCAAACUAAAAUUUGAAGCUGAAGAUAAAAUGCCUUCAACCUCUGGAACAGCAAUAAAACAAGAAAUUAAAAUUGAACUGGAUGAUAGUGAAAACUCCAUUGUUUACAAUGAAUCUUGGGUAAAAGAAGACAUCGAUGAAAGCAAGCAAGUCAAACUAAAAUUUAAAGCUGAAGAUAAAAUGUUUUUUAACCAAGGGUCUAAUAUCAAUAAUAGGGGAGAUGAAACUGAAAAUAUGUUUUGCAAUAUUAAGGAAGAAGAAAGGGACAACGACUUUUCUGAAGAUAAAAAAUUCUCACUCAAUGAAGAAAAAUAUGAGAGUAAAGCCAUGUUUGAGACAAAAAUUGAGAUGGAAUAUCAUGGGGUUAAAAAUGAUGAAUGGUGGACCAACAGUGAAGUUGAAGAUAAAGAAAUACUGGAGAAAAUAGUGCUCCCAAAAGCAGAAAAAGAAAUUGAAAAAUAUCCAGAGUCCAGUAGUGAUGAAGAAGAAGAUUUGUCAGAUUGUUUCUAUGAGUGCAAAAAUUGCUCAGUUCAAUUUUUUAACAGAGAAUUAUUAGAUAGACACAAGGAAGGGUGCUUCAAAGAAAAAAUGUUUGAAUGUGACUGUUGCCCUAAGAAAUAUUUCACAAAUAAUGGUUUAUCUAUUCAUAAAAAGCAUUUGCAUGGGAAAAGUGAACUGGAAAAAUUUAAUUGCAACCAAUGCGAUUUUGAAACUUCAUAUAAAAGUAGUUUUAGAAUUCAUUCAAGAACUCACGAUAAAGAACAAUAUUUAAAAUGCCAUUUCUGUCAGUACAGGGCUGUCCAAUUACAUACUUUAAAUGCCCACAUUCUAAGCAAACAUAAACUAGAAAAUAAGGGAGAAAAUGAAAUAAAAAUAACAAGUAAAAUUUAUCAGUGCACUAAAUGUUCAUUUUCAACUGUUCACAAAACAAAUUAUCAUACCCACAUGAAAGUAUGCCUGAAGUUAAAAAAUGUUGAAUGGUAUAAAUGUCACAUUUGCUACUACAGAACUAUUCAUAAAAGUAAUUUGAGUAGUCAUAAAAAAACUCAUAAUAAAACAAAAGAAUUUAAGUGUUUGUUUUGUAAAUAUGAAAGUAAUUUAAAACUAAGUUUUGACAACCAUAUUUUAAGUAAACAUUCAAAUUUGUUAAAUGAAUCAAAUAAAAAUGUAAUCACUUCCAAAGUGCAUGCAUGUCAACUUUGUAAAUAUAAAACCACAUUUCCAAGUAUCCUAAACAAACAUGUAAAAAAUAAACAUUAAACAUUUUUACCCAACUAAUUAAAAACUUUUUUAUUCUAAUUUUUAAUAAAUUGUCAUAAUUUAUUAUACGCUAAAGAAGUAUCGCUAGUGGCGCCACCACGUGGCCGUCAUCAUCUUUUAAUAAGCAGCUGCGCACCAUAUGUAGGAUGCCAUAAUACAAACAUAUAUUUAAAAUACAGGAACUGAGGCAAAGAAUUAUAAUUAUAUAUAAGAGAAUGCCAGUUUAACCCCAGAAAUGUUAGAAAUAAUGUUGAACCACGUCUGUACUAUUGUAUUGAAGUUGGAGGGAAUCACUUUGAGCAAUGCAUUCGUUAAUUUACAAUGUUUUUGUUUUUUCUUAAUUCACCUAAUUUAAAAAUUCAAAUAGUAAUUUCUCGAAAACUAAUCAUGGCAUUGUUUUCUCAAUAUGCGCAUUAAAUGCUUUUUAUUUUUUUCAUCGAAAACCGUUAGUCGUACGAAAAAUGGUCAAGAAAUCAAAUUUGCCCUAAAAUGAAUGGGGAUAUAAAAAAAAUUUUUAUUUUAAAAAAUAGCAGUGGCGUGCAUAAUAUUUUUCCAAAAAUAUCUAGACCACAUCCUGUAAGGACGCCACUGGUAAAAAAAUAAAAAAUCUUCUAUAACAAAAACUUACUUAGAAGGCGUGUGCCAAAUUUUAUAAAAAUAUCUAGGAAGUUAUUAAAGUUAUGAUAA